CGCGUUGCACGCCGGGAUACAUGCCGCUCUUGUUUACAAGAUGGUAGCAGAGGAGAUUUCUUUGAGUUAAAAAGAACCCCACAAAUCGCCCCCCCCCCGUCACCCCGUCGGUGCCACGCGAGCCUGGUCCGGACCGCGUGUCGGUGAGCCCGUGACGGCGGCUAGAACCCGGAAACACGCGCACUCCAGAGGCUCCGCACGCGACUCCGACGGAACCGCGGGUUUGAUUCUGCACUGUCACCGAGGGGCAGACGGAGCCUCCGCGCCUGAUACCCCGGAUCUAACCUCAGGUCUGUGCCUGAUACCCCGGAUCUAACCUCAGGUCUGUGCCUGAUACCCCGGAUCUAACCUCAGGUCUGUGCCUGAUACCCCGGAUCUAACCUCAGGUCUGUGCCUGAUACCCCGGAUCUAACCUCAGGAAACCCGGAGCGAAUCCAGCCUGCGUCACCGCCUCGACUUUAAAAGAAAAAAGCCAUCGGAAAAAUGGAAGAUAAAUUAUCUUUUGGUGGAGGAAGAAAGAAAACCACCCGCAGUGUUUGCAGAGCUCUUGAGGGACUCGAACCUGCCGACAAGGUACCAUCGCCCCACGAAUGCAGUAAUCAGCUCAACAACAGAGAGCCAACUGUGGAAGCCGUGAAUCGGAUGCAAACACAGCGUUCUGUCUGUUUGACUUUGAUGAACAUACUGAUCAACACGAGAAACUACAAAAAAUAAAAUUGAAUGAGUCUGAUUCCGUUUUUGGUUAAAAAAAAUUGAAUAAAACACUGUAGAAUACUGUCUAAUAGUCUUAUUGCUGCCAUUUGAUGAAUACAAAUGCAUAUACACAAAGCCCAAAUAAGUAUAUUUGUUAUUUAAAUUUAAUGUUAUUUCACAAGUUUCAAAAAAUGCCCCCAAUUUCUUAUAUGCCCCUGGUUUGCAGUGAGUGGGGGCAACAACAUGUAACUGUGCUACCCUGCCCUCAAUACUGCACAUUGUUUUUAUAGUAAUUUAUGGUCCAUUUGGAGUCAAACGGACCGAAGGGUAAGCUUAAGCGCAGGGUCCACAUUAAAGUAACUUUUCACUAAUAAGGCGAGGAAUUUGUUAUGAAUGUGUGUACAUUAAUGUUCAUAAGAAGCAGUACAUGGAGGGACUUAGGACCCAGGGGUCUAAAAGGUGAGGAGGGGCGGUCUGGGUCAGUGGUGACAGCAUGAAGUAGUUUAAUUAUAAUUAAGAGCGGUUUGUCCUCACGUCUUAUGAGUAUUUAAAAAACACAACAUUGGUUACCAACGUCACGUAAUAUGUGAUGUUAUAUGUUAUAAUGAUUUUUUUUUUACAUUUAAAAGGAGAAUGAGCUAACACUAGCCCAUGUUGCUAAUUAGCGAGCCAGCGGUUUUCGUGUGAUCAUCACUAAUUUGAAGUUAUGAAUAAUACAAAUUAAAAAAAAAGAUUAUUCACUUUUAUUAUCAUAUUAUGAUUAUCGUUGGGAUGUGGAGCCGCCACAAACAUGCUCGUCAUGAAAAUUGGGACAGAAUUUGGAAUUAAUACUCCUCAGUUGACCUCAUGGCGGAUUAAAAAGCGUCCGCCUCCAUUUCUUAAAGGCGGUAUAUUCAUGGUGAAAUGUUUGAUUGUUACUGAAUCCUUCUUCCAGAGGACUGUCCAUUGGGUCUGCAGGAGUGCUCCUGAAUCCAGCCGAAUGAACAGAGCGGCUGCAAAGCAUCUAAUCGAGCGCUACUUUCAGCAGUUAACCGACGGCUGUGGAAAUGGCGACUGCACGAAUGAGUGUUGCGCAUCGUGUCGCGACUUUCGACCCUUGGAUAAAAAUUUGGCGGCGGCCAAGGCGCUCGAGCUGUUUAAGAUUAACGCCAAACUCUGCAAUCCACAACCCUCCAACGAAGACGAUCGGGACGACAGGAUGAGCGACCCGGACCCCAGCGGCACCAAGGAGGACUUCUCAGAUGUUCAUUACCUCACGGAGAACACGGUCUGCGCCAUCCUGAGUUUCUGCGAGGAGCAAGGCGACUACUCCGCGCUCAUCCGCGUCGUCGGCAGGAUUUUCUCCAGCUCCGAGGCCCUGACGCAGAGCUUCAGGAAGGACGAACCCAUCGCUGCGGAACCCGGCGACUCCGCUGCACCGACGGACGAGGACGAGCCGGAGGAGCAGCGCUCGGAGACGACGGGGCCGUCUUCCGCCGCCGCCGCGCCGGACGAGGGCCUGGAGGAAAUGCUGGACCCUUGCGAGGUGACGGUGGACGUCGCCUCGCUGAGGAGGGUCUACGACCGGCUUCUCAGCCUCGACCAGGUGGAGUCGGCUCUGGUGAACGCGCUGGUUUACCUCACCCCGAACAUGGAGCUGGACCUGGAGUACCUCGACGUGUACGAGACCAGCCCCGACUACCUGAACAUCUUCAUCGUGGUGUUGGAGAACGGCAACCUGCACAGCCCCGAGUACCUGGAGACGGCUCUGCCGCAGUUCUGCAAGGCCAUGAGCAAGCUCCCGGUGGCGGCGCUCGCCAGGCUGGCGAGGCUCUGGUCCCGCUACGGACUGGCGCACAUCCGCCGCAUGACGGAGACCUUCCAGCAGCUCAUCACCUUCACGGUGGUCAGCAACGACUACGACGGCGAGAACCUGGUGAACGACGACGGCGCCGUGGUGGCCGCCACGCAGUGCCUGAAGGUCGCCUUCUACGCCAGCAUCCUGGGCGGCGACGUGGACGUGGGGCACAACGACGACGAGGAGGAAGACGCCGAGUCCGACGAGCUCACCCUCCACGAGCUGCUGGGCGAGGAGCGGCUCUACAAGAAAGGCCCGCCGGCCGACCCGCUGGAGCGAGAGCUGGGGGUCCGACCCGUGGACAGCAUCAGGCCCCUCAUCCCCUACGAGGACUUUGUGAACGAGUCGCUCAACGACGUGGUGGAGAUGGACAAGGACUUCACCUUCUUCAAGGUCAACGCCGAAACCAAGUUCUCCUUCCAGAGCUGCCCCUUCGUCCUCAGCGUCGUCACCAAGAACCAGGGGCUGUACUACGACAACCGGAUCCGCAUGUACAGCGAGCGCCGCCUCACGGCCCUCUACAGCAUGGUGCAGGGCCAGCAGCCCAACCCCUACCUCAAGCUCAAGGUCCGCCGGGACCACAUCAUCGACGACGCCCUCGUCAGACUGGAGAUGAUCUCCAUGGAGAACCCCUCCGACCUGAAGAAGCAGCUGUUUGUGGAGUUCGAGGGGGAGCAAGGGGUCGACGAGGGCGGGGUGUCCAAGGAGUUCUUUCAGUUGGUCCUGGAGGAAAUCUUCAAUCCCGACAUCGGAAUGUUCAGCUACGACGACGACACCAAACUCUUUUGGUUCAACUCGUCCUCUCUGGAGAACGAGGCCCAGUACACUCUGGUCGGACUCGUCCUGGGACUCGCCAUCUACAACAACUGCAUCCUGGACGUUCACUUCCCCAUGGUGGUCUACAGGAAACUCAUGGGCAAGAAGGGCACCUACCUGGACCUGUCAGACUGCCAUCCAAGUCUCUUCCAGAGCCUGAAGAAGCUGCUGGAAUAUGACGGCAACGUGGAGGAGGACAUGAUGCUCACCUACCAGAUAUCCCACACGGACCUGUUUGGAAACCCCAUGCUGCACGACCUGAAGGAGGAGGGCGACCAGAUCCCCGUCACCGCGGACAACCGGCAGGAGUUUGUGGACACGUACGCCGACUACAUCCUGAACAAGAGCGUGGAGAGACAAUUCAAAGCCUUCAGGAAAGGCUUCCUGAUGGUCACCAAGGAGUCUCCUCUCAAGUACUUGUUCAGACCAGAGGAAGUGGAGAUGCUGAUCUGUGGCAGCAGGAAACUGGACUUCGAAGCUCUUGAAAAGACGACGGAAUACGACGGAGGUUACAGCAAGGACAGUCAGAUCGUCAAGGAUUUCUGGGAAACGAUCCACUCGUUCGGAGAGGAGCAGAAGAGGUUGUUCCUGCAGUUCACCACCGGCACGGACAGGGCGCCCGUCGGAGGGCUCGGCAAGUUGAAGAUGAUCAUCGCCAAGAACGGCUCGGACACCGACAGGCUGCCGACCUCUCACACCUGCUUCAACGCCCUGCUGCUGCCCGAAUACUCCUCCAAGGACAAACUGAGGGAGAGGCUCCUCAAGGCCAUCACGUACGCCAAAGGCUUCGGGAUGCUCUGAUCCACGAGGGGAGGAAGCUUUUCCCCCGACUACGUUUUUACAAAAAAAAAGAAAAAAAAGGGAGUAUCACAAAAAAGGGGGGGGGGAAAUGCUGCAACAGCCCUGUGCCUCACCGCGCUGCACCGGUCAGACUCCACUUCCUGUCACAAACGCAACAUUAGCUUCCCCCAAAGAGUUCAAACCGGCACUUGAUUUGUAUUUUUUUUUUCUCUUCAGUGUUGUGUUUCAUAACGAUUAUUUGAUUGGUGAAAACUGUGAAAGUGCACUUACACGCAGGAUUUUUAAAGCGACGUGCGGUUUAUUUGGAGGCGUUUUCUUGUGUUUGGGGCCGCUCUCUCGUUGUAGCAGCAUUCAGCGCUCUGCUCCCACGGCUGGGAGUGGACUUUGCAUAACGGUGCUCCUUGUUGUUGUUGUUGUGGUUGUUGGGUUGUUUUUUUAUUACCGCUAUAACACAAAUAGCCUCGCGGACGAGCUCCCAUUGGAUCCGGUUCCUGCAAACUCUCCACUCACAGCUGUUCCUGUGAGCUACGUACAACGGGCACGCCGCGAGUGUUGUGACACCCUGAGCGGAUUGUGUGGUUUUUACGACACUGGCGGGGUCUCAGGAUGAUGCGUCCGCUCAGACUUUCACAUCCUGCCCCGCGUGCCCUGCUUGGUUUUGCUUAUUUUAAAGUGUGUUCUGAUUGCACAUUUGUAAGUGCAAGCUGCCAAAAUUGUGCAAUGCCCGGAUACGUAAAGAAAAGAGUCACAUGAAGAAGUGUUUUAUUUGGCCAAAUAUCUCAGGUACAUAGAGAAUGUGCAGAUAAUGUGAAACUCUUGUGUAAUGUGACGGUUAUGCAAAGUAAAUAAAGGUGAAAUAAUUCAAUUAACUUUGUCAUAAUGGAAAAUGACUCUACUUCUCUCUUGAUUUAUUCCCUCAGUAAACAUUGUAAACAUGA